AUGUUCCAGCAUAGUCUACGGAUACCGGCCCUUCGCGGUGCCCUCUCCGCACUGCGGCCCGGCGCCACCUCGAGCAGUGUGCUCCCUCGAAUCACAUCUUCUCUAUCCCAAACACGACUGCUCUCCGCCGAAGUGCGCAGUGCAAUUGACAAAGCCGUGGCGUCGGCCCCGGUGGUGUUGUUCAUGAAAGGCACCCCCGAGAUGCCGCAAUGUGGCUUUAGCCGGACAUCGAUCCAGAUUUUAGGUCUGCAGGGCGUGGAUCCGAGGAAGUUUGCGGCCUUCAAUGUGCUUGAAGAUGAGGAAUUAAGGAGUGAUAUCUGGAUGAACCCAAGCAUGAAUCCUUUGACUUACCAGAAAUUUGGCCGUGCAGGAAUAAAAGAAUACUCCGACUGGCCCACGAUCCCGCAGUUGUAUGUGGAUAAAGAGUUUGUAGGUGGCUGCGACAUCUUGAUCAACAUGCACAAGGACGGCAGCCUCGCGGAGCUGCUCGCGGAGAAGAAAGUUAUUGUCGAAGACGGUGCGGAGGUCGAGGCCCAACAGCCCUCAGAGCAAACCAAAUGA